UGCCACCUAUCAAUGCCAAUCAGUGCCACCUAUCAGUGCCAUGCCAGUCAGUGCCACCUAUCAAUGCUAAUCAGUGCCACCUAUCAGUAGUGCCAGUCAGUGCCGCCUAUUAGUGCCAGUCAGUGCCGCCUAUCAGUACCAGUCAGUGCUGCCUAUCAGUGCCGCCUAUCGGUGCCAUAUAUCAGUGUCAUGUAUCAGUGCUGCCUUUCAGUGCCCAUCAGUGAUGCCUGUCAAUGCCCAUCAGUGCAACCUACCAGUGCCUCCUCAUCAGUGCCACCUAUCAGUGUCCAUCAGUGCAGCCUAUCGGUGCCCAUCACUGCAGCCUCAUUA